AUGAGUUUAGUUGGUGGGUUCCCUCACCAUCCGGUGAUGCAUCAUGACGGCUACUCCUUCGCCGCAGCAGCAGCUGCAAGCCGCUGUCACGAAGAGAACCCCUACUUCCACGGCUGGCUGAUAAGCCACCCGGAGAUGUCUCCCCCUGACUACAGUAUGGCACCCUCGUACAGCCCCGACUACUCCACCGGGGGCCCGGCGUUAGACCACGCACACUACGGAGGUGGUAUCCCCGGGGCUGGCGCCGCUGGGAUCGGGAUGGGACCUCGCCCUGUGAAACGGAGACCUACCGCGAACCGAAAGGAGAGGCGCAGGACUCAGAGCAUCAACAGCGCCUUCUCGGAGCUCAGGGAUUGCAUUCCUAACGUUCCUGCGGAUACUAAGUUGUCCAAAAUAAAGACCCUCCGGUUGGCUACCAGCUAUAUCGCCUACCUCAUGGACAUUCUGGACAAGGACGAGCAGAACGGCGACGCAGAGGCCUUCAAAGCGGACUUCAAGAAGACAGAAGCAAAGGAGGAGAGGAGAAAGAAAGAAGUGGUAAGAAAAAUCCAUAAUUUUAGGUAUGCAUGCUUAUGCAAACAUUGAGUAGCCUCCUGCAAGGCUUGACAUUAUGUGGAUACAUUAUUUGCUUAUUAUCUAGGUUUGUAGUAGCCUAUGCUGUGAAAUUCAAUAGGCUACAACCUUAUAGCCUAUAAUAUCUUGACAUAAGCUACAAUAAUACUGGUUUUAUGGAGACAACUAGGUUAAGUUACUGAAUGAUACCGAUUCUAAACUGGCGUUGUAAAAGACUGUAAAUAUAUGAUCAUUUUCAUAAUAAUUUAGUAAUAAUAACUUCAGGCUCCCACACCACAGUAGGCCGAAUAACAGCCUUGAAUUGUGGACAGAAGCGGUGAGAAGUGGCGAGAAAGUAGUAUUUCUCGACAACAAUAACAGACAUCUGAUUUUUCCUUGUUCCCAACAGAAUGAAGUUUUGAAAAACACAGCAAGCAGCAAUGACAAGAAAACCAAAGGAAGGACUGGUUGGCCGCAGCAUGUCUGGGCUUUGGAACUCAAACAGUGA